AUGGCUUCAUGGUUCGAUGAUACUUCGUCUUCGUCCGAGGGGAAGACGCAAGAAAUCAUAGGGUUCGUUUAUCGUGAUCGUGAGGUUGCCCAUCAACGACUUCUUCGAGAUUACUUCAACGACAAUCCGACGUACGGCCCAACAUUUUUUCGACGUCGUUUUUUGAUGCAGAAGGAGCUAUUCUUACGCAUCAUCGAUGGUGUGCAAGGUGUUGAUAGUUACUUCCAGAUAGGGGUGGAUGCUACGGGCCGAGACUCUCUCAUGCCGUUGCAGAAAUGCACGGUGGCUAUCCGACAAGUAGCCAUCGGUAUUUUUGCGGAUACUUUUGACGAGUAUCUGAAAAUUGCUGACACGACUGGACGAUCAUGCCUGAAGAAGUUUUGCAAAGCUGUCAUCCGGGCAUACGGUGCCGAGUAUCUUCGGCGUCCUACACUGGUGGACGUCCAACGACUGCUUCAGAUGCACGAGGCGCGACUUGAAUUUCCCGGGAUGCUCAGGAGUUUUGAUUGUAUGCACCCACCUUGA